GUCACAGGCAGGGAAGCGUACAUUGCACAUCAAAAGAGGAAAGAGUAAAUGGAGAGGAUGACGAAGGCUCUUCUCGCUGCCGUCGCCAUGGCGGCCGUGCUGGAGCUCGGGCUCGUGGGCGCAAACUUUCUGGACAAGUGUGACAUCACGUGGGAGCCGCAGAACGCCAAGAUGACGGAGGGAGGGAACCACCUCACGCUCUCCCUCGUCAGCAACUCCUCAGGCUCUAUGCUCCGGACUAAGAAGCAGUUUAUCUUCGGCAGUGUCUCCACCAUGAUGAAGUUGGUCAAGGGCAACUCUGCUGGCACUGUUACCACGUACUACACGUCAUCCGUGGAUAACGAUCACGACGAGAUCGACUUCGAGUUCCUGGGCAACGAAACGGGGCAGCCCUACACCAUCCACACCAACGUGUUCGCCGACGGCGUGGGCGCCAAGGAGAUGCAGUUCCGCCCGUGGUUCGACCCCACCGCCGACUUCCACAACUACACCAUCUUCUGGAACCCCUCCAUGAUCGUGUGGUUGGUUGACAGGAUCCCGAUCCGGGUUUUCCGCAACUACGCGAAAGAGGGCGUGGCGUACCCGACGAAACGUCCGAUGUACGGGUUCUCCAGCAUCUGGGCGGCGGAGGACUGGGCGACGCAGGGUGGCCGCGUCAAGACUGAUUGGAGCAAGGCCCCCUUCGUCGCCGAGUACCGCGAGAUAAGCCUUCAGGUUUGCGAGUGCGCCAGCGCCGCCUGCGCGGAGACCUGCGCGUCGUCGAGGUACGCCGCGCCGGGAACGCACAAGCUCACCGACAAGCAGCUGCGCGAGCUCAAGGCCGUGCAGCUGGGCUACACCAUCUACGACUACUGCAAGGACGCCAAGUGGCCCAACGGCACACAGGUGCCGCUCGAGUGCGGCAUGGACCAGUACUGAUGGAUACAGAAUGCCCAUCCAGUGAUGUCUACUACUACUACUAGCUCAAUCUCCUUUCUUUUGGUUUCAUUUUUGUCUGCAUAGUUUGAGAGCCAUGGCUUCGAAUCUCUGGCUACAUUUAUUCAUUUGGUAACUAAUUGAUGGUUUCUUUCCGGAAUCUGUGCACAUUUUGUUGGCCUUGACGCAUUGUCGUGUAUGUAUGCUACUGUAGUAUGUUGCGAAGAAAAUGUGUAUAACUGUAUAUGUGCCAGUAAGCUUGAAUACACAUGCCAGGGUCUCUA